UUGGUCCCGGACUCCUUUCUCGUUUUUGGCUCUAAACUCCUGGAGAACUCACAGCGGUCGCAGCAAGAUGCUAAACUUUGGGCAUUAAGUGAUUUUUCCAAUCCAAAGUGCAACUUAAUAAAUCGGUGGUUAAAAGUUAGCGUGGAAAAGCAAGCGAAGGCAGCUGGGAAAAAUCGCAUUGCAUUCAUUCGGGCGCACAAAGAAAAUGAGCGCAAAGAUGACACGCUACAAACAAACCGAAUUCACGGAAGAUGAUUCCAGCUCCAUUGGCGGCAUUCAACUGAAUGAGGCAACUGGCCACACUGGCAUGCAGAUACGCUAUCACACUGCUCGGGCCACAUGGAACUGGCGUUCGAGGAACAAGACAGAGAAAUGGCUGCUCAUCACAACUUUUGCAAUGGCCAUAACGAUCUUUACCCUACUAAUUGUACUUUUUGCGGAUGGAGGCGCUAGUGAUGCCACCAAGCAUGUUUUACAUGUCCAACCGCAUCAAAAGGAUUGUCCCUCGGGAAGUGAGCUGCCCUGCCUGAAUAAGCAUUGUAUCUUUGCUUCCAGCGAGAUUCUCAAGUCCAUAGAUGUUACUGUGGAUCCCUGCGAUGAUUUUUAUGGUUAUUCCUGCAAUCAAUGGAUUAAGAACAAUCCCAUACCCGAGGGCAAGUCCACAUGGGGCACCUUUGGCAAGCUGGAGCAAAUGAAUCAGCUUAUCAUUCGCAAUGUCCUGGAAAAACCCGCCAAGAGCUUCAAGUCCGAUGCCGAACGAAAGGCCAAAAUCUAUUACGAAUCCUGUCUGGAUGCUGAUGAGCAUAUGGAGAAGUUGGGUGCCAAGCCCAUGAAUGAUUUGCUGCUUCAAAUUGGCGGUUGGAAUGUGACCAAAAGUGGUUACAAUGUGAGCAAUUGGACAAUGGGACGUACGCUCAAGAUACUGCACAACAGGUACAAUUUCAAUUGCCUUUUUGGCUGGGCAAUCGGUGAGGAUGAUAAGAACUCUUCGCGUCAUGUCAUUCAAAUUGAUCAGGGUGGAUUGACGCUGCCCACUGCCGAUUAUUACAACAACAAGACGGAUAAUCACCGCAAGGUACUCAAUGAAUACAUCGAGUACAUGACCAAGGUGUGCGUCCUUUUGGGUGCCAACGAAUCGGAUGCUCGUGCUCAAAUGAUCGGCGUUAUCAACUUUGAAAAGAAGCUGGCAAAUAUCACAAUUCCUUUGGAAGACAGACGCAAUGAGGAGGCAAUGUAUCAUCCCAUGCAGUUGCGUCAAUUGGCCAAAUUGGCCCCAUUCCUCAAUUGGACGGAUCAUUUUGACAAUGCCAUGCAAAUGGUGGGACGCAGGGUCACCGAUGACGAAGUGGUGGUUGUCUAUGCUCCUGAUUUUCUCAAAAACCUGUCGGAUAUUAUACUCAAAAUGGAGCAGACUGAGGAGGGCAAAAUCACUCUGAACAACUAUCUAAUAUGGCAGGCAGUGCGCACUUUGACCAGCUGUUUAUCGAAACCUUUCCGGGAUGCAUACAAGGGUGUAAGGAAAGCACUCAUGGGUUCGGAUGGUGGCGAGGAAAUCUGGCGUUACUGUGUCUCUGAUACAAACAAUGUAGUUGGUUUCGCCGUGGGUGCCAUCUUUGUGCGUCAGGCUUUCCACGGUGAGUCAAAGCCAGCGGCAGAGCAAAUGAUUGGCGAAAUCCGUGCGGCCUUUAAACUGAACCUCCAAAACCUAACUUGGGUGGACAAGCAAACUCGUGAGAAGGCCAUCGAGAAGGCCAAUGAAAUAUCAGAUAUGAUUGGAUUUCCCGAUUACAUCCUAGAUCCCGUCGAGUUGGAUCGCAAAUAUGCAGAGCUAAAUAUCACACCGAAUGCCUACUUUGAGAAUAACAUUCAGGUGGCAAUUUAUAAUCUAAAGAGUAACCUUAAGCGCCUGGAUCAACCGGUUAACAAGACCAAUUGGGGCAUGACCCCGCAGACAGUGAACGCUUAUUAUACACCGACCAAGAAUCAGAUUGUUUUUCCCGCCGGUAUCCUUCAGACGCCUUUCUUUGAUAUUAACAAUCCUAAAAGCCUUAAUUUUGGGGCCAUGGGUGUGGUAAUGGGUCAUGAACUGACCCAUGCCUUUGAUGAUCAGGGAAGGGAGUAUGAUAAGUUUGGGAAUAUCAAUCGCUGGUGGGAUGCCAAGAGUAUUGAACGUUUCAAUGAGAAAUCCGAGUGCAUUGCAAGACAGUACAGUGGUUACAAGAUGAAUGGACGUACCCUCAAUGGCAAGCAGACAUUGGGUGAAAAUAUUGCCGACAAUGGGGGCCUUAAGGCAGCCUAUCAUGCCUAUCUGCGUACCAAGAGCGAAAAGGAGGCAGAUGUCCUUAGGCUGCCAGGCCUAAAUCUUACACACUCGCAGCUAUUCUUUGUGUCCUUUGCACAGGUCUGGUGCUCUAGCACCACAGAGGAGACAAAUCUCCUGCAAAUGGAGAAGGAUCCCCACUCACCAUCGCAAUUCCGGGUGAUCGGCACCCUAUCAAAUAUGAAGGAAUUCGCCGAGGUGUUCCAAUGUAAGCCCGGCAAGCGCAUGAAUCCCACCGAUAAGUGUGAGGUGUGGUAAAGGAUAUGCCGCUGUCCUGAUCUCAGAAUAAGCCAAAAGCCAAAGCUAAGUGGUGGUUAAAUGAAUGCAGAAAGGAGACACAGCCUCCAAGUGCUAAUCCUGCAUCUGGAAAUCUAUGGCUUAAGUUGUCCUAUUUUUUAUUAUUUUUUUUUUUUAUAUU